GCAGAGACAAAUAAUAGCAGGAGAGAGAGAGAGAGAAUGCAGAAAAAAAAGAUCACACUAUAAAGAGAAGGCCAAGCCAAACCAAAGACUGUGACAAAUGUAACCACAGUUGAAAUUCAAACACUUUUUUCUUGUUUUGCCUAUUGCCUAUGGUUUCUCUCCUGUACGUUUCUGUCAGAUCUCCAUUCUCCAACUCCAAGAGUUCAGCUCAGCUCCCCUGACUUCAACUUUUUCAUUUCCCAUUAUUUAAUAAACAGUAACUGUUUCUUGCUCACUGGGUUUCCGCUAUCUACAUGCAUUGAAAUUGCUACUACACUAGCUGCUUCUUCUGCCAAUUUCUCCGCAUUUAACACCCUGAUGAACUCAAAAAGUUGGUUGAGGGUAGGAGUAAUAAAGUGGAGAUAGGAGUUUCAGUUUGUAAUUAUGAAACUUUACCCGAGUGAGUGGUAAAGCCGCAAGAACUGCCCACAGUAAGGAAAUGAGAUAAGUACUCUGGUUUGGAAAGAGUUACAAGGAACCUUCCCUGAUUUGCUGCACCUUAAAGGACUACCUUCCAAGUUCUCAGUUAUAAAUCAGCAAGAGAAACAAACCCUUUCAACAUUGUCCAACUUUCUUGCUUUAGUUGUGUUCUUGAAUUUUUGAUUGGAAAAAGAUGUCGCACCAGAAGCAAGGAGAAGAAGCCAUGAUGUCCAGUCUCACCCAAACUGGCCAGCAUGAAGAGGGAGAGGAAGUCAAAGGGGAGACGUCACAAUUUACCUUAAAAAAUGCUUUCUGGCACGGUGGUUCUGCCUAUGAUGCUUGGUUCAGCUGUGCCUCAAAUCAGGUUGCCCAGGUUCUGUUGACUCUGCCUUACUCUUUCGCACAGCUGGGGGUGGUUUCAGGCAUUGUAUUCCAAGUGUUCUAUGGCUUGCUGGGGAGUUAUACUGCUUAUUUAAUUAGUGUUCUGUACAUUGAGUACAGAAGCCGGAAAGAGAAAGAGAAUGUCAGCUUCAAAAACCAUGUCAUCCAGUGGUUUGAAGUGUUGGAAGGCUUACUGGGUCCAUACUGGAAAGCCAUAGGAUUGGCCUUCAAUUGCACUUUUCUCCUCUUUGGAUCUGUUAUCCAGCUCAUAGCUUGUGCCAGUAAUAUAUACUACAUCAAUGAUCACUUGGACAAGAGGACUUGGACCUACAUAUUUGGGGCUUGUUGUGCCACCACAGUGUUCAUUCCAUCAUUUCACAACUACAGGAUAUGGUCCUUCCUUGGUCUUGGCAUGACCACAUACACUGCUUGGUAUUUGACCAUCGCAUCACUUGUUCAUGGCCAGGUUGAAAAUGUGACACAUUCGGGCCCAAAAAAGUUGGUUUUGUAUUUCACAGGCGCCACCAACAUACUCUACACUUUCGGCGGGCACGCCGUCACAGUGGAAAUCAUGCAUGCAAUGUGGAAGCCUCGGAAGUUCAAAUAUAUAUAUCUGUAUGCAACAUUUUAUGUGUUCACCCUCACUAUCCCCUCUGCUGUUUCCGUGUACUGGGCAUUCGGUGACCAACUUUUGGAUCACUCCAAUGCCUUCUCACUUCUCCCGCGUACUGGCUGGCGUGACGCAGGUGUCAUCCUAAUGCUCAUUCACCAGAUUAUCACAUUUGGCUUUGCUUGUACGCCAUUGUAUUUUGUGUGGGAAAAAGUGAUAGGGAUGCAUGACACAAAGAGCAUAUGCUUGAGGGCUCUAGCAAGGUUACCUGUGGUGAUACCAAUAUGGUUUUUGGCUAUUAUUUUCCCUUUCUUUGGGCCCAUUAAUUCAGCUGUGGGGGCUCUUUUGGUGAGCUUCACCGUUUACAUCAUUCCCGCUUCGGCCCAUAUGCUCACCUUCAGAUCUGCCGCAGCAAGACAGAAUGCUGCGGAAAAACUGCCCUUCUUCAUUCCGAACUGGACAUUGAUGUACGUGGUGAAUGCAUUGGUUGUGGUGUGGGUUCUGGUGGUGGGCUUUGGGUUUGGAGGAUGGGCUAGCAUGGUGAAUUUCAUCAAACAGGUUGACACAUUCGGACUAUUUGCCAAGUGCUACCAGUGUCCACCCAAACUCACCAACCAUCACUCAUAAAAACCAUGUUUUUUUUUUUUUUUUUCUUUUCAUGUUGUUGUAUUGUCCUGUUUAAUGUCCUCGUCAUAUUACUUUUAAUGCUUUUGAACAUAUAUGAUAUUAUACAAUAAUUUCUUAUAAUACUUCUUACAUGUUAACUUAA